GGAAGAAGAAGAAGAACACGCCGACAAAUCUCAUAUGAUCGGGGCUGGGAAGCUGCUGCCUGCAUCAUCCGCCAACCGAGCCAAGAACCGACUAACAGAACCACAGGGGGAAAAAUGGCGUUCACAUUCGCGGCCUUUUGCUACAUGCUAGCUCUGCUGCUCACGGCGGCGCUUAUCUUUUUCGCUAUCUGGCAUAUAAUAGCAUUUGAUGAGCUGAAGACCGAUUACAAGAAUCCUAUAGAUCAGUGUAACACUUUAAAUCCGCUGGUGCUCCCAGAGUAUCUCAUCCACUUCUUCUUCUGUGUGAUGUUCUUCUGUGCGGCCGAGUGGCUCACCCUCUGCCUCAACUUGCCGCUGCUGGCUUAUCACGUCUGGAGGUAUAUGAGCAGACCUGUGAUGAGCUGUCCAGGGCUCUACGACCCCACGACCAUCAUGAACGCUGACAUCCUGGCGUACUGUCAAAAAGAAGGCUGGUGCAAACUGGCUUUCUACCUCCUGUCAUUCUUCUACUAUCUCUACGGUAUGAUCUACGUUCUGGUGAGCUCCUAAACGGGGCCGAUGAAGGACAAAGGACCUGCAUGUACGGUAGACGACCAGACACUAUGAUCUCGGUGCUGGAACACUGGACCUGCUGGAGACCACCGCUCAGCAACGCAAGACGCCAUUAAACGUGGAGGAACUCUCGACUCCCCCCCCCCGCCCACACCGCCACACACAAACACACACUUACAACAAACACAGCGACAGUGUGUCAUUUCAUAAACCAGUUUUAAGACGACGUCUCGGUCGCAGCGUUCCUCUCAUAGCACUAUAGUCUAAAGAUUUUAUGGAAAAUACGAAGAAACUGAAUGGAUCAUUUUUUAAAAAUGUGUUUUGGUUUGUUUUUUUUUUUUUGAUGCUUUUCAUUUUGUUUUUCAUCAUGGUUCCCUACUUUUGAGUGUUUACAGAUUUAGAUAGACAUUUCCAAGUGUGAAUUUAUCUGUGAGAAUCUAAGCGGUCGGUGUGCUGAGCUGCAUUAGCUUAUUAUUAUUUUUUCUUCUGUGAUUUAGAUUCUGGGCUUUAACAGCUAGUUUAUAUAACUUGCCAAGAAAUUCAUCACUAUCACUAACGACGAAUAGCAAAACCACACUUGUUCUGGCCCACGGAUACAUGAGGUCUAAAGCUGGACAUUUUGAAGGUGCGGUUAAAGCUGUGAGGGCUGAAGUGCACGGGGGCUAUUAUCACUUAGUGGGACGUGUUGCACAGAGACGAUCCGAGUCUGGUUGUCGCAACAUCGGCUUUCAAACUAUUUCAUGUAUUGUUCCCAUACUUCCGGUCUCUCUAUCAUGUAAUGUUUUUUUUUUUUAAAUGUGAAUCCAGAGUAGACCGCCAUGUGUAUGUGACUUGUAUCUCUGUAAAAUUGCCCUUAUUGCUAUCGAUUUAAAGAAAAAUAAAAGGUAGACUCAACAGUACAAAUCUGCAUUCAGCAUUCAAGUGUAAUUAGGAGGCAGCGGCAUUUUAUUAUCUCAGCUUUCUGCAUUUAAAAGUAACCGCUGACGUGCCGCACUGUUGAAUGUACCUUUUUGAACGUUUUGUGCGUCUAAAUUUCAACCAAAUAGUCCACGUUGUUAGGAACUCAAGUGUUUUAAUUUAUUCAGUGUUUUUAAUUACUUUUGUCCAGAAUAUCAAGCACUCCUCACAAUGUCGGUCGUCUCCAGAAUCAAAAUCUGGAGCGUGAUGUUCGUAGUUUCUUUAGAGGCCAUCAAUAUAUAUUUAUUUUCCAUUUCCAAUGUGUAAAUUUAUCAGGGAGAAGGAUUAUCAUGCGUCACUUGAUAAAUAAAAGUUCUAUGUAUUAGAUCCCAUCAUGUCACAUCUAGGAAAUGAUUUAUUUGAAUCUAAAUAAAAGUAUCCCACUCUGUAAAUGAAA